AUGGCUAACCUACAGAAAGCAGAGUUCACGUUGUCGCAGAGAGGAGGAAAACAGGUUCUACACGGAGGUCACAAGUAUCGACUGCACGUUGACAGACAGGUAGCCACUCACUGGAAGUGUAUCAUCGACAAGUGCAAGGGUAGAUGCAGCACCAUUGGGGAUCACAUCACUUCAGUAUCAGAACACAACCAUCCUCCACUAGUGAAUGAAGAAGAGAGUCGACUUCUCACCAGACUUAGACAACGCGUUCAAGAAGAGAUCAAGCCUGUCCAGCAAAUCUACAAUGAAGAGACCCAGAACCUAGACGAAGAAGCUGCUGCUACUGUUGCUUCCUACAGUAUCAAGUCUGGACUCUACCGUCAGCGUGCCAAGGUUCUUCCACCAGUCCCACGUACCCGUGCUGAUGUAGACCUCACAGGUUCCUGGACUGAGACAACAGACGGACAACAGUUCCUGGUUGUAGACAGCGAAGAUGAAGACAGGAUCCUGAUCUUCAGUACCGCAGAGAUGCUGGACAUCCUCGCCAAUGCAGAAACCAUCUACAUGGACGGAACAUUUUUAUAG